AUGUACUGUGUUUUAGGUCGCUAUGCGUUCCAGUUGUGGAAGUGUCUAGGACAGGUCCUGUCACAGACUAAGAAGAUGCCCACCUCAGCCUUCUCAUCUCAUCACUAUAAAGGAGGGUUUGACCAGAAGAUGACUAAAAGUGAAGCCAGCCUCAUCCUUGGUAUUAGCCCAACCAGCACCAAGUCCAAGGUGAGAGAUGCCCACCGGAGGAUCAUGGUCCUGAACCACCCAGAUAAAGGGGGAUCUCCUUACAUGGCUGCGAAGAUCAACGAGGCCAAGGACCUGCUGGAUAAAGGCCAGCAGGGCGGAUAACUACAGCCCCCAUCACCCCACUGACCUCCUGAACUACAGUACACUACAGAUUAAAACUAAAGAUCCCAACUAUAGACCUAGCUGCUGACCUGGACUACAGUACACUACAGAUUAAAACUAAAGAUCCCAACUAUAGACCUAGCUGCUGACCUGGACUACAGUACACUACAGCUCCAUUUCUAUCCCUUACCUUCCCCAGAAGCAGUGUGACUGCACAAAUGGACAAUAUACACAAUCCUUGUUACGUCGCAGUCAGGAAAGGUACUCUUUCAAGUUGAAGGUUGUCUGUAGUUAUAGGUUUACAAAAGUCAACAUGUUUACUGUACAGUCUGUUGUAAAUACACUAUACCAUAAGAUACAAGAUGAUAAUAAUAUUCCUUAGAAAUUACCUUAGAAUUCCUCAAUGUGGUAAAGACAUGGCCGCUGUGUGUGUGUAAUUUAGCCAAUGUUGCUGAAUAAAGCAUUUUAUGGAAUGGUAAUCAAUGACUCAUUA